UUUCUCACUUUGCACUAAAUUACAUUUUAAAUUAUUUAUUGUUUAGGAAAAAAAUCUACAUGCUACCGUUUCUUUUCUUUUGCCAUUCAAUUGUUCCCAUAGUUACUAAAUGUUUUCAGAAGUGCUUUUUGGUGUGAGGGACUGCAGGGUUUGUCGAUUUGCUUUGGUUGUGGGAAACAAACGUGAGGCCUCUAUAGGAUUUUUAUUUUCUUUAAGUGAUUUUAUAAACUUUUACGUCUUUUACGUGUUGUCAAUAUGAAUCCACCUGAUGACUGCGCUAAGACCUCAGAAAUGAAAAAGAAAACAGAUAUGUAUGGGCAGCUCAUAAUAAAAGAAAAGGCUGAUAAACAUUAUGAAGCAGGUGUUGGUGCCAUGUCACAGUCUCAGUUUGACAAGGCUGUGUCCUGUUUCUCAAAGACCAUACUGCUCCAGUCACACCAGACUCAGUUUUAUGUCCAGCGAGCAGAAGCGUAUCUUCAGCUGUGUGACUUCCAGUCUGCAGCGCUAGAUUACAAACACGCCUGCAGUCUGCAACCAGAGACUGAGGCCUACCCUCAACGACUCGCCUUCAUAUACUACCUACAGGGCCAGUGUCUUUUUGAUUUGGGGAAGUUUCUGGAGGCGCUGGAGUCUUUCACAAAAGCUGCAGAACUCAAACCCUACUUCCGGCCUUAUCACAUGAGAAGCUUGGCAUGUCUGACUGCUCUGGGCCGCUACUCUGAGUGUCUUCGGUUGGUCAGUAACUGGCUGGAGACGGAUGGCCAGUCAGCUGACCUCCUCAUUCUGAGAGCACGCCUUCACCACCAGCUCAAUCAGAUGACUUUGUGCUAUCAUGACUUGAAGUCAGCACUCAGGCUGAAACCAUGCUGUCCAGUUGCACUUGCACUGUUGAAGAGGCUAAAGGAGGCAGCGGAGCAUUCCCAUCAGGCAGCUGUUGAUAAGGCAUUGAAGGGAGAGCUUUCAGAUGCGCUGAGGAAAAUAAACAGUGCUCUGGAGUAUAACCCCAGUAAAGCGCAGUACUACCUCUUUAGGGGGAUUCUUUAUCGGCGCCUGAGAGACUUCACUGCUGCCAUUGAGGAUUUAGUUCUUGCUGCUGAAUUCUGUGGAGUUGAAGAAGAUCCUUCUCAGAAACACAUGCAAGACAACUCAGAGGAUUUAGAGGAAGAUGCUCAGACACAACUGGUGCUCACAUACAAUGAUUUUGCAAUUCAGUGCUUCUCCCGCGGUCUGCACAGCGAAGCCAUCAUGCUGCUUAACAAGGCCAUAGAGAAACAGAGAGACGCAAGUGAGCUGUUCAUCAACAGAGGAGAUUGUUUUUUUAAGCUUUGUGAUUGGACCUUUGCACUGGCUGACUAUCAGCAAGCAGAGGAGAUGGACCCGGACAACACAACUAUCUGGCUACGACUUGCUGUUAUUCACAACACAAUGGGUCUGCACAGCUAUAAUGACAAGAAGUACCAGGAAGCAGCAGACAAGUUUUCUGUUGCAAUACGGUACAACCCUGGUGUAGUUCAGUACUAUGAGAAUCGAGCAAAAGCUUAUAGCAAAGUGGCCAAAAUGGAAGAGGCCAAGAAGGAUGCCAUCAGUGUUCUUAUCUUAGAGCCCACCAAUGACCAGGUGGUGCCUUUGCUGUUGAGUCUGCUCCCAGGAUGCUCCUUGACUGAUAUUAUGUCCUGUGCCACUGCACAGUCAGUCAAAACCCUGCUGGUCGCAAAGAUUCAAGCUUUCAAAAUAGCAGCAUCCAAGGUGUCAAGAGUUGGCAGGAUGGCCCUUGCCAAAGAUGACGGCCAAUCACAAACAUCCUCACAGAAGUUACAGGCUGAGGAUUGUCCAGAGCAGAAGAUAAAGCCACAUGUCGCUCCAGUAGAGCUGGACAGCAAGCUAUUCAAGACAAAACAGAUGAAUGAAUCUGUGAAAAGAGCUCUGCAGCAGAGGCAGCCCCUGCACUAUGACGGGCCACGUUUGGCCCCGAUCCACUCUGUACGUGAGGAGCCUAACACUCAGCAACGGCCAUAUGUGUGGAGGAAAUUUGGGGGCUUUGGGCUCAAUUGUUGAAGACUUAUUGGAAUUAAUCAUUCUCAGCUAUUCUGGUUACUGGGUAAUCUGUCACUCCCAUAAUACUUUGGGUUUACUAAAGUGAAAACUUAAAGGAAUAGUUUACUCAAACAUGAAAAUUCAGUCAUCAUUUAAUCACCGUCAUGUCAUUCAUAACUUGUAUGACUUUAUUUCUUAUGUGGAGAACCAAACAAAGUAAACAAAAAUGUUUUGAGGAACAUUCAAGUCCAAACAUAAUUGGACCCUAUUGACUUUCACUAUAUGGACAUUUUUUUUUUUUUCCCAAAUGUCUUCUUUUGUGUUCCACAAAAGAAAGAGAGAAACGCAUACAGGUUUGGAACGAUAUCAAUCAUGUGUGAUAUUUCCUUUUAGGUUAGAGAUUAUUUUGGCAUAACAUUUUAUUUAGUCAAUCCCUUGCUGUAAUGCAGUGGGAGUUGUUUUGUUCGUAGCAGCUGUUGCUGCUCAGAGGUCCUCAGCAGCUGGGGAAACAGCUGAGAAAGUGAGUGAGAGAAGAAAGCGAGAGAGAGAACAGUAUAAAAACACCACUGGCAGCUGAUCCCAGACUUUUAUCACAGACAUUUACACUCCCUUGCUAAUAGUGAAACACAUGUUUUCAGCCCCUAGAGAAGACAGCCCGAGAUUUUUGGCAUGGUAAUAAUGGAACAAUCAGACGUCAUUUUCUGACAUUUAUUGUCCUUGUGCAAAAAGAAAACAUACAUGAAAUAAAGCCUUUAAUUUCUGUAAUUGACCAUUCAGUCCAGUCUACAGUUAUGUAGUCUGUGAAAAGGGCAUUCUCUCAGCUGUGUGGUGA